ACGGAUAGAAGCGAAUUACCGGAUGAGAGCGCGACAGAAGAAGUAGGUAGCCGGCUGGAGAGAGAGAGAGGAGAGAGAGAAGAGAGUGGAGAGGAAAGGGGAAGAAGUAGGAGCUGACGAAAAAGAAGAAGUGGAAGAGCCCAAACAGCCGUGAUAACGUCAAACGUAAACACGGUCCACAUUUCAGGGUCGGUCCAGCGGCGGAGCCACUCAACAACGAGGAGGAGUUGAACAUCGUGCGCACCGGAGCGUGGGAGUGAGUGAGUGGGAAUCCGGAUCGUGACUGACCGAGACAAGCCCCCCUUCUCUCUCGCCAUGGCAGGAGCUGGAGGUGACAUGCAGUGGUGUCUGUCUCAGGCAAAAGGUUCCUUGGAUGAUGACGUAACCGAAGCGGACAUCAUAUCCACGCUCGAGUUUAACCACACAGGGGAGCUUCUAGCCACAGGGGACAAGGGAGGACGUAUAGUUAUUUUCCAACAAGAAAUAGAGAAUAAGAGGCAGCCUCAGUACCGUAGUGAAUACAAUGUUUACAGCACUUUCCAGAGCCACGAGCCUGAGUUUGACUACUUGAAGAGUUUGGAAAUAGAAGAGAAGAUCAACAAGAUCCGUUGGAUCCCCCAGAAGAAUGCAGCUCACUUCCUGUUGUCCACCAAUGAUAAGACUAUUAAGUUGUGGAAAAUUAGUGAACGAGACAAGAGACCAGAGGGCUAUAAUCUCAAAGAAGAGGACGGACGCUACAGAGACCCCAGCACUGUCACGUCACUGCGGGUGCCAGUUUUUAGACCCAUGGACCUCAUGGUGGAGGCCAGUCCACGGAAGGUGUUUGCCAAUGCCCACACCUACCACAUCAACUCUGUCUCAGUCAACAGUGACAAUGAGACUUACCUCUCUGCAGACGACCUCCGCAUCAACCUCUGGCACCUGGAGAUCACCGACCGCAGCUUCAAUAUCGUUGACAUUAAACCUGCCAACAUGGAGGAGCUAACAGAGGUGAUCACAGCAGCCGAGUUCCAUCCGCAUCAGUGUAACACGUUUGUCUACAGCAGCAGCAAAGGCACUAUCCGUAUGUGUGAUAUGAGGGCAUCAGCACUAUGUGACAAGCACUCUAAAAUGUUUGAGGAGCCUGAGGAUCCCAGUAAUCGCUCUUUCUUCUCUGAGAUCAUAUCAUCAAUCUCAGAUGUCAAGUUCAGCCACAGUGGACGCUACAUGAUGACCAGAGACUACCUGUCAGUGAAAAUUUGGGACCUGAACAUGGAAAGCAAGCCUGUGGAGACAUAUCAGGUUCAUGAGUACCUCAGGAGCAAGCUGUGCUCGCUCUAUGAGAACGACUGCAUCUUCGACAAAUUUGAAUGCUGCUGGAAUGGAAAUGACAGCAUGGUGAUGACCGGCUCAUACAACAACUUCUUCCGGAUGUUCGACCGUGACCAUCGGUGGGACGUGACCUUGGAGGCGUCCAGAGAGAACAGCAAACCCUUUCAGGUCAUAAAGCCCCGCAAGGUGUGCGCUGGUGGCAAGCGCAAGAAGGAUGAGAUCAGCGUGGACAGUUUGGACUUCAACAAGAAGAUCCUUCACACUGCCUGGCAUCCACAGGACAGCAUCAUAGUAGUGGCUACGACCAACAACCUCUAUAUAUUCCAGGACAAGAUGAACUAAGUAAGGAGUGAGUCAGCGUUACGUCUACUGUGGGUGACGUCACAUGUUCUACCUGCAGCCUCUCAACCUUGUCCAGGGUGACCUGCGGUGACCGCGGUGACAGGCAGCAUCCCUGUGUGUCGCCACACUCUGCCAUGAUGUAGAUGUGAACAAAGGAAACCUCAUUCUUGCCCGUGGUCAUGUCUGUCUGUGGCAGAGUGACAACCGCCUUGUUGUUUCAGUGAUGUCGUGCCAAUUUUUUUUUUUUUUUUUCCAAUUUUUUUUUUUUUUUUGCCCAUUCUUGCUCAGUGAUAACAAGAGUAAACGAUUUUUGUCCUUUUUGAGUUUUUGAAUACAGAUGCACUUAUUUUUUUUCCUUUUCCCAAUGACUCUGUUGCAGAAAAACAAAAACACUUAGAAUUUGCCCUGUUCCCUUUUCAUUGGUGAACAUUUUGUCUUGUGCCACUGUAAUGUUUAUUUUUCUGAGAGAUUAUCUUUUUUUGUGCACACAUUUGUGUGUGCUUUGAUGCAAAUCCCAAGAGCCAUUUUUUUCUUUUUAUCUGUUACCUUUCAUACUUUUACCAGAAGUCUCCUCUGUGUCUCCCGUUUCAUUUUAUGUGUGACAAAAGCACAUUCAUGGUUUUUCUACACUCUUGCUGCUAGCAGGGGACAGCAGCACCUCAGAGGUUGCCUCAGUAUCUUAUUGAGAAGCGUGUUCUCAGAUGCAGAGCCCGGUCCAGUGAGGAGUCGUCCUUCUCAUUGCCACUGUGCCUCAAGCUCUGGGUGGCCAAAUAGGUCUGGACUCCAGAAGAGACUUUUCUUUUUGUGUUUGCUGUCUCUCAAAGUUUUUGUAUAUUGUUUCCUCUUCUUUUUGUUUUCCUUUGUCAAACAAUAGUCAGGUUUAAAGAGAUAGCCUAUUUAAAGAUGAUUGUCAUAUUUAUAAACAAAUAAAAUAAAAUAAAGAACAAAGGUUACCAGGAUUUUUUUUUUUGUCAAUUUUUGUGAGAUGAAGCUGGACCUUUACAUAUUUUUAGAGCGAUUUAUGAUUAAGUAUUGUCCUCCCUUGGUGUACCACAACUCUGAAGCAGAACUUCACGACAGGGAAAACUGUUUCUUUGACACUGGGACUCUUAUUACUGUACCAACUAAAGUUCUUGGAUGUGUGUGUUGUUUUAACACCACGGUAAAAAUGGUAUUAUUUGAGGCAUUGACUCACUAAAGAUUUUUUUGUUAAAACUACUGCGGAUAUCGCUACUGCUAUGUCAUGGUACAAUAAGCUGCACUGGGACCUACAGCAGAUGAUGUCUCUGCACACCUUUAUUUAAAGAGUUCUUGCAAUAUUGAUGCCUCUAGUAAUAAGUUAUAACUACAAUACCACUUUAUUCUAUAAAAAUUAAAAUAAUAAAGAUAUUACUUUUU